UUUGUACUGGUUAGUGCUAACCUGAUCGAUGGCAGCUUACUACUGUCAUUUUCUAGAUUGUGUCUCGGUUAAACACAGACAUGGUCCCGAUGCAAUUAUAGCGCUGUGAAGUUCGCUCACCCAUCCAACGACCUGAUGAAAUGAGAGAUCUCUCUCAGAUCCUAAUGAUCAGAAAGAAGCAGAAAAUAUCAGAAAUGCACAGGAACUUGUACAGAUGAGAUAUGUGGACGAAGCUUACCUCGAUGAUGGAGACAUGGAGGACCAGGCAAGACUGCGUUACCAGAAGAAGAAGCAACAGAUGGUGAAGAGCAACUUACUGGAAAAGUUAUUAUGUCCGUGUAAACAGGACAUACUAAUCUCGGAAUUCAACUCGAAAGAUGUGGAAGUGUCUCAGCAUCAGAACGUAGAGGAGCAAUAAAAGAUCGACAAUUCCAAUUCUGCUGUAAUUCCAUAGCAUACAUCAGACAUCAGCGGUGGACUGUAGGUAGGCAAAACACACUCCAGCUGUUAGUAUAAUCUCAGUAACGUAGUCAUGAUUCUGUCGACGAUUGUAGUGCUUCUCCAUCUACGAUGAUUUCCACAUCAACAUCAUCCUCCAUCUCCAAUCAAGUUCGUGAGACCAAGGACGAAUGUGAACCGCUUGACACCAAUCACGCAGAGUAAGUAUGAAUGUGAUGUCCAAUGCCGAUCAGCAGGGAAAGUUUAAGAAGUUCCUGAACACCUCUAGGGGAGCGAGAAGUUCUACAAAUGUUGGAGGUACAGAAGUGGAACGAGCUUCUGGUCCAUUAUCGAGCUUUGACGAGCCAUCGAACCACCACUUGCCCACCUAGCCUCUUGCACAAUAUGUGUAAACGUGCCGUUAACUGACUCCGAUUUCUCUUUUCAUCUCACAGUUGCUCUACUAAAAGCCACGGAUCAUGCAUUAGCUCCGCCCAGGGUCCACCGUGUGAGGGCAGACUGUGCAGACCAUAUUCACCCAAUCUCAGCAUGGACCCUGCUGUAGUUUAAGGAGGGUUCUACUCCACUGUAUGAUCUGGAUCACCCGUGCUUUGAAGCUGGUCGAUUCCUUUGCUGGCCACGGACUGCUUGCCAAACAAAAGGUCUGGGACAGAGCACACAUUUUGGAGUCUUCCUCCUUGAGGCUCGUUGUCAACCCAGAGAUUAGCAAGAAUCAGUGAAGACAAAUGAAUAGUAGAGGCUCCACCAGCUUGUUUUGUCCAGUCGAAUUAGCAUCUCGAUUGAAGUUCGUCGAAUCCCUCAAGGGAAUCGAGUGUCGAAUUUGUAGACCCGGCGGUUAAUCCUUCACUAUGCAGCAUCAUACUACCGUACCGUCUGGAGAGUACGAAAAGAAGAUGAGGUUAUGAGACAGGAUCCGUGGCCAACAAAUGCACCCCCAGAGACGGAGUCCUCUGUAUCAUCGCACCAGCUAGACCCGGAGAGCACCGUAUGAUGCUCAUGGUCGUCAAGUGUGGCUGAGCUCCAUGGAACUGGAGCUUCUGUCAUCAUCCAAACAUAUCGUGGCUCAUGGCU